AUGGUAGUAUUCUUUAAUCUCACCGAAUAUUAUUACAAAAUCGGACAUUCCAAAAAAGUUCAUCAUUUAUCUUUCAGAAUGCUUCCUUUGCCUUAUAUUGCAUCCGCCAUUUGUUUUUACUGUAUGAUUGUUAGACCAGUACCUGAGGCAGAUCCAAAUUCUCUCAUUUUUGAUCAUAUUAUUAUUCCAAAUACAACUUUAUUAAGUUUUCCAAAGAAAAAGAAGAAUAUUAUUUAUAUUUCACUUGAAUCACUUGAUACUGUUGUGUUUCAUGAAAAAUACGGUGGUUGUUUCGAUAGAGAAAUCAUUCCUUUCAUGGAAGAUUUAGCAUUAGAUAAAAAUAAUGUUCAUUUUUCACAUUUGAAGUCUCCAAAUCUUGGCGGAAUGUCUAUACCUCCUCGUCUUGAUUUUACACUUGCAAGUGCAUUUGGUGCUUUAUGUGGUGUUCCUUAUAUGGGUAAGAAUGAUCGGAGAGAACAUACUGAUGGCUUUUUGAAUCAUUUUACUUGUUUAAGCGAUAUUUUGAAAGAAGAAGGAUAUAUAACAUCAGCAACUUUUGGUACAGGAAUAGGUGAUUUCGGAUAUGGUCAUAUAUUUGAUUUCCAUCAAUUCCAACGCAUAUUUUCGAAUAGAGAUAUAAGAAGAACUUCUCAAUGGUUAGAAGAUAAAUAUACAUAUGAAUUUUUCAAAAAUGAGUUGAAAUAUCUUUCUUCUUUGAAUCAAUCUUUCAUGGCAUUCAUGUGUACAUUGGAUACCCAUGAACCAGGACAUAUUUGCGAUUUAUGUCCAGAUACAAAAUCUGAUGCAGCAACAAGAUCAAUUGAAUGCGCUGAUCGGCAACUGAAAAACUUCUUAGAUUGGGCAAAGAACCAAAGAUGGUAUAAUAACACUGUGUUUUUGAUUUAUGGAGAUCACAUUUCAAGAGAUAAGAAUUAUAAGAGAAUGGCUAAAGCUCAUAACUAUGUCAAAAAGUCUUAUAAUGUUAUUCUCAAUUCAGAAAUGAAAACAAAUAGAACUCAUAAGAGAUUAUUUACUGUUUUUGAUUUAUUACCAACAGUAUUGAAUGCCGCUGGAGUUAAAAUCAAAGGAAAUCAAUUAGGAAUGGGAGUAAGUCUAUUUUCGGAUUUGCCAACAGGGCUUGAGAAAUAUGAAGAAAAAUUUGAAAAAAGUUUUAAUCAGAUAUCGUUUUGGUACGAUACUGUAAUCAACCACAAAUCUAUAAACUGUGAAUUGGAUGUUCCUUGUAUUAGCUUAAGUGAUUAUUCAUUAGAUACGACAUAUGCUAAUUUUACUGCAUAG